ACAGCUUAAUGUUGUUAUUAUUGAUAUUUUUGUGACCGUGUUUUUCCGUACGUUUGUUUGGAAUUUUCCAUUAAACCGGUCAAACACCCGUUAAAUUCUCAUUAGAGAGCAAGCAUACUUAUAAUUUCCUACAGACCGUUUGACUGUAAUAUAAUUGUUUUGUAAAUUAGAUGUGAACCAAGCACUUCGAAGAAUGACGACGGAGUGAUCUCUGUUGAUGUUUCGAGCGAGGUACUCGUAGACUCCAUCACAGAAGUUCCACCAGACUUAAUCAUGACUACCGAGGGAAAUGUACAAAAUGGAGAGGACCCAACAAGACUGACUCUGGCAUAUGAAAGACUGUACGAAAUCCCACGCACCAUCGUGGAACGGUUCGCGGAGCAUGUAUGGCAUCUGGACAUCAGCCACAACAAAAUCACGAACCUGGACCCCCUGGUGCACUUCAAGCACCUCACAUCACUGAUCGCGGAUGACAACCCCAUCACAGAGAACUGUGUGCUGCCACCAUUACCCAAACUCCAGUUGUUAUGGGUCAACUAUUGCAAGAUCGGCUCCCUAUACCCAUGGGUGGCAAAGCUGAAGGAAUCCUGCCCCAACUUGCAGUAUCUAUGUCUCAUGGGCAACCCGGCGGCACCGAGUUAUCUCAACGGCGGGAACUUCUAUGAUUACCUACAGUACAGGCUAUUCGUAAUCUCCCAAUUCCCAUCCCUCAACCACCUGGACGAUCGCAAAGUCACCGAGGACCAACGAGCCGAGGCCCAACGGCUCUACAAGAGGCCCUUCUUCGAAAGGAUCGUCAAACCCAGCUCUGGAGGUAUCGCCCAACUUAUACAUACUCCCGUAAAAUGGAGCAGCUUUCAGAAUAAGAUUACCUCGUUGUGGACAGGUAAAGAGGAGAGGAAUUUGUUGAUUUAAUUUGUACAUUUUUUGUUUAAUUUUUUAUAUAUGCUUCAAAGUCACCGAGGACCAAACCGGGGCCCAAAGUCUAUUUAGGAGGCCGUUCUUCUAAAGGAUUGUGAAACUCAGCUCUCGAGGUAUCGCGCAACUUACAAUUUGCAUUUAUCACUAUAGUUCGUUUUUUUAGCAUUAGAAAAAAGGUAAACAAUCUUGAUGUGUCAUUUAAUUGAAAAACACGUUUUAAAAAUAAGUCACAGCAAGUAUGUAACAAAUAUGAAUCUAAUAUAAUCAUUUAUAUUUUACUGCUUUCAUAAGUAAUAGUUUUAAAAAGUUUAAAUCGUUUUUCAAUUAAAAGACAUGUCAAGAUCGCUUACCUUCUUUAUAAUGCUAAUAAAAACGAACUAUACACCUUAUAAAACAAAGUCCUCAACUCAAAAACUAUUACAUUGCUCUCUAUUAUUACCAUGGAACUGGCUUACAAGAAAUAUCCGUGGCAAUCGUUUAAAUAAAAAUAUUGCAUUUUCUUUCUAAAAUAUGGAAGAAUGUGUAGUAGAGAUUUCAAGGUUCAAUACUAUUGAAUAGUAGAUUAGACUUCUAAAAUUCCAAAAAGCAAUAACUGCCAUUUGAAUUCGGAACUGAUCGACGAACGGUUGUGAUUUAAUGUUUCCCCAUUUUUAAAGGAAAUGCCAAAUAAUUUAGUACAACUUAGUAUCGUUAUGAUGUAUGUUACAUUUUCAUAUGAACUCUUGAGUAGGAGUCACCAGGCCUACUCGUAUUUGAUCAAAUUGUCGCAUUUGAUCGUGACGCAAAAUCUAUAGAUAGCUUAUCUCGCAAUUUCGACAUAUACUAUACCUUAUCAGCAAACACAAAAAUGUCGAUAAAACUGUCAAACGCUGAUGGAAAUCUUGCCAUAUCAAUCAUAUCAUAACUACUUAUAUUUAUUAUAUAUUUUUUAUAAAUCUAAUGAAAGUGGUACACGAUGACAAUUUCUUCUAGUACAUCUCGAGUACGAGCGAGAUGUAUAGAAAGUAAGUAACGUUCUCGGUAGCGUUUAUGUCAGUGCCAAACUGGUGGUAGCCCACUGUUCGUUGAGUAGUUAUGCUAGGUGCAAAUGGCAACCCGUAUAUUACGCGUAUAAUGUGCCAAAGAAAUAUACAAACAUUAAGCUCAAAAAUAUUGACUCAUUUGGGUCAGUCAAGUAAACCAUACACGUUUUGAUCUCAAAUGUAUCGCAUCAGAUUAAAGAAUGAAAUUUAUGUAAAGAUAUUCUUACUAAGAGCAAUCCAUGUCUUAAUCCACGUAAAUUUGUAUUUUAUCAUUAUGUGCUUUAGGCCUUUAAACCUAUUUUUUCAUCCAUUAAUUGUUAUUGUUCUGGGGUAAUUUUGCUAGAAGCGAUCCAGUCACCGUUCAAUUACUAUGCUCAAUUAGAGCAAAUUUACACUACUGACUACUUAAACUCUAAAUCAUAAUUAGAUUCCAAAAAAAGUAAGACAAUGUUGCCACUGCAAUAAUUUGUUUGUAAAAUAGUAAAUGCCUUUUUAUAAAUAAACACGCUAAGAUAAUUUAUUUAUUGGUAAUUUUACUCCUACGAUUUAAAAAAGUACUUUUACUUACUUAUUUUUACAUAAAUACAAGACGCGCUAGUAAAAAGUGGCAACAUUGUCAUACUUUAUUUGUAAUCUAAUUAUGAUUUAGAGUUUACAUCUUCGAAACUUCUCACCUUCGAUCUAUGCUUUUAACUUACCCCCUACACUCGUAAACUUUAUAAAUGAGCGUUUUCCAAAAAAAAAAUACAUUUCAUUCAUGUCUUCAAAAUAUUGACUUCUUGGGCUCAUUUUACUCAGAAUCAUUUGUACAUUCACGCCUCAUACAUUAAAAAAAUGUGUCCCAAAAUUUUGUAUGAAUAAAUAUUUUUCCAGUGCGAUGUUCAUACAAAUAAAAAAACUUUUCAUACAAAAAUGUGACGAUCUGGAAACGAAAUCUUGGGACACAUUUUUUCAUGUAUGAGGCGUGAAUGUAAAAAUGAUUCUGAGUAAAAUGAGUCCAAGAAGUCAAUAUUUUGAAGACAUGAAUGAAAUGUACAUUUUUUUUUGGAACACGCUUAAAUCACAAAACUAAAAAGACGGAACUUUUGUAACAAAGCUAAAUUUAAAAAAACUGGAUGACUUGUGGCGAAAUUUCUUUAUAAUAUUGUUACCAAUAUGAAUACUAUCCAUAAACUAUGAUAAUAAUAUUAAUAAUCUAUCUAUAAACCUUUUUGCAAUAUUUAUUGUAUAUUUCAAUGACUGAUUAGUAUCCAUGUUAUAAAAUUUUGAUAUAUUCUAAAUUAGGUCAGCAUGUUUAAUAUUUGUCUUUUUAAUAUAAUACAUACUUACAUUAUGGUAAAGGUAUUAAUAAUAUACUAAUAAAGGUUAUUCAUUAAAAAUAUAUUAAAUUUAAUCUAAAGUUUCUCGAUAAUAGAUGAAAAUUGCUAAGCUAUAUGCGAAUAAACAAAUUGUCAAAAUUUUUAAACAUAUUUAAAAGUAGACUUUACCCUAAUCUCUAUACAAUAUAUAUACAGUGGUACUACUAAACGAAAUUAAUAACUAGCUUAAAUCUAAAAUAGGCCCUUGAGGCAUUGUACCAAGGAUGCUGGCGGCAUUUCCUCGCUGUAUCGCAAUGUUGAUACGUUGUCUCUAUUGAUUAGAAAUCCUAAUCCUAACCUAAAAAAAUCUUCCAAUAAUACGUAACUGUCUUUCGUCCAUUUCCUCUAAUUGUUAAUAUUUACUAUUUAAUUAGAUUAAUAAGAAAAAAACGUUUAUACAGGUAUUUAUUGUUUAAUUAUUUACAGUAAUAAAUAAAAAUAAGAAACAA